UCAAACUGCCAUACCACAGUUCUGCGUCUGACGGCUGCUCUCGUCGUGUGCGUUUUCUUCUUCUUCUUCAUUCGAUACAGUCGUUUAAUCGUAUUCGCUCGCUAGCUUGUUUUCUCGCAAUUGCAGUGAAGCGCCUCCUCGCCUUUUCCCCCUGCUCGCCCUACGCAUAUUCACUCCUCAACCUCACCUGGGGCAGCGUACUCGACUCUCGUUACACCAGUCUGCCCCGAGCAGACACCUGCUCUCGAGCAUCGACGUCCACCUCUCCCACCAAAGGGGCAUCUAGCCUCAGCCCGCCAUCAUGAGUUUCGUCAACAACUCUCGCAUGUCCGUCUACUCGACCGCGUCCGCAUCAACACCGCGUCCUGGGAACCCGCCCUCGCAAACGUCAACCACGACGCUGCUCAACACGCUCAACUCGGCCUACAAGCAUGGCCACCCCUACAAUCUCGAGGCCAGCACCAGCUUGGUCGUAAACACAUGGGUCAACGCCAAGAUGCUCACCAACGACCGCAUUGGCGGCACCGUCGACCUCGAGUUGGGACGAAAGGCCUGGGAACACGCCCGCCGACGCGCCGAGGAUGGCUGCAUUGUAUUGGCUUCUCUGCACGACGCAAGCCCUUCGCUGUUCUCGCCCUUCAUCUCCGGCCUGCCUUUGUCGCUCCCUGGCACAUUCUACACCGCGCUCGAGGCCUUGAAGGCUUUUACCCACUGUGUGACCCCCAAGAACCCGUCUACCGCGCGCUACCCAGCAUUAGCAGCCGUCUUCACCCUCAACAUCGCCGGCAACAUUGUAGGCGCGGAGAUCAAACUGUCUACUUCCGGCCUGGAUGUGCAGCAAGGCUUGCUCCAAGUUCCCGCCCACGAAGGCUACCGCGCUUUCGACGCCUUCUACUACCUGCACUCGAGCUCAGCCUCGAAACAAGAAAGGGGCUUUUUGAACAUUCAAUCUUUGGACCGCUACGCACUCCUCAGCCGAUCCGGCACCUACGAGCCACCCUCCUAUCUCCCAGAUGUGGACGAUGCCGCUGCGGCCGAGGACUUCCGCGCCAAUCUCAAAGCCAUCGGCAUCAAGGGCCAGAAGUAUCUCGACGUCAUCAGCUGCCUGACGGGACUUUUGAAACUUGGAAACACGUUGGACUAUUUCGUGGACGAGGAAACACUCCAGGCCAUUUGCGAGGAAGUCAGUGUCCUUCUGGAUAUUCCUGUUGAAAUUCUACGCCAUAAGCUGGGCUCCAAUGAGCGCGAGAUCGCAAUCGGUGGCAUCUACGAAGCAAUCGUCGACUUUGUCAUUGCUCAGGCCAACGCUACGAUCAAGGCAGACAUUCAAAAGGCCAGGACUGGCUUCUCCUCCGGCGACAGCGAGGGUAGCCAACCCGGCAUGAUGACUCCAGACGAUUCCGACGAGGACAUGGGUGACAUCGUUAACAUCACCGUUGUAGAAAUUCCGAGUCGCGAUCUCGGCAAGGCCAUCGCCCUCCGGACCGUGUUUGACGUCAGCGAAGGAAUCAACUCUGAAAUGAAGGAGGAUGGCGUUCCCGUGGCUCCAGCUGGUAACUCGGUCCUGGAAAGUAUGCGAGAAGCCAUGCAGGCAUGUUCUGCCGACCUCGGCAUCAGCGGUCCAAGUCUUACUGAGACUGAGGCCAAUCUCGAAAAACGUGAGGCUGUGCUAGAGAAAUUGGCUCUCGACAUUCCCAACGAGGGUCACUUUGUGAGGAAACUGCUAUAUCCCGCACCAAACAGCGGCAUCGUAUUGGGAAAGCACGGUCGUUUCGACCUUCCUAUGACCGUGGCUAGCAGUAGGGUCUGGUUCCACCUCGCUCUUCAUCCUACCGAUGUCAUCCCACACUCCAUGAGCCAAGACUUCAACUCUACCUGGCAGGCGGGCGUAGUCUCCCGGCAGCUUCGAGAAUGGCGCUUGCCAGAAUGGGCCAACCGCCGCAACCGAUUUCUCGACUUUACCGCCGACUUCGAGCACCAUGAGUUCUACGAUCGUUAUCGUCCCUUGGGUUGCACAGACGGCAAAGAAGGUAUUGAGACUUUUGCCCUUGAGCGCGGAUGGAGCAAUGGUGAGAUUGUUGUUGGUACUGAGCGUGUGUGGGUCAGAGAAGGUACCUGGUGGGAGGCCGAAUCGCAACUCGAUCAGAAGACGCAGGAAAUCGACGCUUCGCUCGGCCACAUGUACCCAACCCAAACUCCCCCUACGAACAGCGCUUUCUUCCCGCCUCUCGCUCCCAUGACCCAGGUACCCACCAACCCCUUUCAAAGCUCAGCUAGCUUGGCUGCACCCAGCGCCGUAGACGCAAAGUCCGUAGCGCCCACAACACGCACGGCUCCAAUGGAUAAUAGCCCUGGCGACUAUGGUCUUGGUAUGAAAGGCGAUGACACCAAGGGAGUCACCUACUACGAUGCCGAAUCAGGAGGCAACGCCGUCAUCACCGAGUCGCCAUUGACAUUUACCAGGAGGCUGUGGAUUGGUUUCGUAUGGGCAGUCACUUUCUGGCUCCCUUCGCCACUCUUGAAAACUGUCGGCCGUAUGAAGCGACCGGAUGUCCGCAUGGCGUGGCGAGAAAAGUUUGUUCUGUUCCUACUCAUUAUCCUCCUCAACGCUACCAUCGUCUUCUACAUUGUCGCUUUCGGCAGGCUUCUAUGUCCGGAAAAACUCAAGGUCUGGGACCGGAGAGAGGUAGCAACGCACCAAGGCACAAAUGACUACUACGUCAGUCACCAUGGUGUUGUGUACGAUCUGUCAUCCUUCUGGAAGAAACAACACAGCGAUUCCAACACUGAGGCCACUCGGGACCGGAUGAUUGAGUUGGCUGGUAAAGACAUGGACCCUUACAUUGUCCCGCCGCUCUACCUAGCGUGCCCGAAUCUGAUCAAGGACAGCGAUCGCACUCGUAUCUUAACCUUAACCUCCAACAACACUGAAGACGUCAACCAAUUAGCCGUACACAGAUCCGGGAAAAUGACGAACCUACCGGAUAGCAAGGCACUCAAAGCGGAAGACUGGUAUCCUAAUGUGUUUCUGCCCAAGAUUCGUGAAUUCAGAAAAGGCGACCUCGUUUGGGACCCCAAGAAAAUCUCAGACGAAGGCGAGAAUCUGAACCACAUGUGGUUCACACUGAACAACAAAGUCUACGAUCUGACCGACUACUUCAAAACGCAGACCAUGAUGAACAACCUUGAGGAGUACAAGUUUCUCGACACCAAGUUGGUCGACUUGGUGAAAAACAACGCCGGCAAAAAUAUCGCCGACGACUUCAGCAACUUGUUGAACACCGAAGCGCAAGCCUUCAACCUGCAGUGUCUGGACAAUUUGUUCUACGUCGGCAAGGUUGAUGUCCGCAAGACCGCAAGAUGUAAGGUGAACGACUACAUUUUGCUCGCGGUAACUAUCUUGCUCUGUACCGUCAUCAUAGUCAAGUUUUUGGCUGCGCUCCAACUUGGUUCGAAGAGACGUCCGGCAAACCAGGACAAGUUCGUCAUUUGCCAAGUGCCCGCGUACACGGAAGGUGAAGAUCAAAUUCGGAAAGGUCUCGAUUCAUUGACUGCCCUUGCUUAUGAUAACAAGCGCAAGCUCAUCUGCGUUGUGUGCGACGGCAUGAUUGUCGGAGGUGGUAACGACCGUCCCACGCCUAAGAUUGUUCUCGACAUCCUCGGUGUUGACCCUAAAGUGGAUCCCCCUGCUCUUCCUUUCUGGUCCGUCGGCGAAGGAAGCCAGCAACUCAACUACGGCAAAGUUUACUCUGGGCUGUACGAGUUCGAAGGCAAUGUCGUGCCGUAUGUUGUUGUCGUCAAAAUGGGCAAGGAAUCCGAACAGCAGAAGUCGAAACCCGGUAAUCGCGGAAAGCGAGACUCCCAAAUCCUGCUUAUGAGCUUCCUCAAUCGCGUCCACCACCGUUCAGCCAUGAAUCCUCUCGAACUGGAAAUGUUUCAUCAAAUCAACAAUAUCAUCGGUGUAGACCCUGAGUUGUAUGAGUAUCUCCUCAUGGUCGACGCCGAUACCAUGGUCAUGCCUGAUUCUCUUACGAGUCUUGUGGCAAGCUGCUCCAAUGACUCCAAGAUUGCCGGUAUCUGUGGUGAGACGAGCUUGGAAAACGAAAACGGGUCUUGGUGGACGAUGAUCCAAGUUUACGAAUACUACAUCUCGCAUAAUCUGUCAAAGGCCUUUGAGAGUUUGUUCGGCAGCGUCACCUGUUUGCCCGGUUGUUUUUGCAUGUAUCGCCUGCGGACAGCCGACAAAGGCAAGCCUCUCAUCAUUGCCGAUAUCGUCAUCAAAGAGUACCAAGACUGUAUUGUGGACACGUUACACAAGAAGAACCUUCUCUCGCUCGGUGAGGAUCGUUACUUGACCACACUAAUGACCAAGCAUUUCCCGAAAAUGUCAUACAAGUUUGUCCCGGGUGCCUAUGCACUCACGGCCGCGCCCGACACAUUUAGCAUCCUGCUCUCUCAGAGACGUCGAUGGAUCAACUCCACCAUCCACAACCUGGCUGAGCUUGUCUUCUUGAAGGACCUCUGCGGUUUCUGCUGCUUUUCCAUGCGCUUUGUCGUCUUCGUCGAUCUCUUCGGAACCCUCGUUCUCCCGUCCGUCUGCGCGUACCUUAUCUACCUCAUUUACAGUGUCUCGUCUGGAAAAGGCCAGUUCCCCUUGUUCUCCAUCAUCAUGCUUGCCGCUGUCUACGGUCUCCAAGCCUUGAUCUUCAUCAUCAAGCGGCAAUGGCAGCAUAUUGGUUGGAUGAUCAUCUACCUAAUGGCCUUCCCGAUCUAUUCAUUUGUGCUACCCAUGUAUUCGUUCUGGAAGCAGGAUGAUUUCUCGUGGGGUAACACGCGUGUCGUCAUCGGCGAACAGGGAGCGAAGAAGGUUCUGACAACCGACGAGGAGGUUUUCGAUCCAAAGGCCAUCCCCAUGAUGCGAUGGGACGAUUACGCGGAGAGAAACGAGCUUCCCGGCCGUCGUGGUCUUCCUGGCCAUCCCUCUGAGAAGGGUGAAUUUAGCAACUACGACGAGGCUUACGAGCUGAACGACAUGCAUUCGGUCUACUCUUCGGUCAAGCCAGCCUCGACUGUCAUGUCCAACAUGCAACACAUCUCUCACAUGCCACCUCAUUCGCCAGGCCCAUACCAGGGAAUGCAAACACGGCAGUCGACAUACUCCAACCUCUCACGCUACCAAGACAAUCCCCACGAUAGCCGCUUGAUGUCUAUGGGCAAUAUGAGCGACCACUACAACACGUCUCCAUACGGUCAACGACCAAGCGUGGGCGGCUUCCAGAGCACCGACAACCUCAUGGCGUCGACACCACCGAUCCGCGGUCGCAGUCCCCUAGGCUUCAACCAGUCACGACCAGGUAGCACGGUCAACUUUCAGAACAUGAUGAACGGGCCCAGCGAUGCCCUGAUAAUUGAGACGGUACAAGCGUGUCUGAAGGACGCGGAUCUUGACCGCAUCACGAAGAAGCAACUCGUUGCACUCGCGGAGCAGCGGCUACAAGCCCAGCUCACGGGCGAGAGGAAGAUAUUCCUUAGCCAGACGAUUGACAACGAGCUUGCGAAUAUGAAUUAGAAAAAUAGGAAGUUUGAGCCGGGAGAAAAUAUUGCAUUAGCGGUGCUUGUCUGUAUAUUCUUUUUUGGGAUCAUCUCUCCACGACGGAAUCAUUUUAUUUUGAAAUUUAGCAGAAAGUCGUUCCCUUGUCUCGCAUUUGGCGCAUUCGUCUUGGAAAGCUGGAGGUUUUGGGGCCUUGGGCUACGGCAUGUUACAAGGUCGGUUUUUCCCGAUAUUUGUAACGAUAAUAGAGACAUACAUGUAAUGUACAUGGUUGAAAUUGAGAUAUUCAAGCUACAG